AAGUAAUUGACAGAAGGAACGUUUCGAUUCCAAGUAAAAAGAUAUUAUAUCUUUCCAUUGUAACAUGGUAUCAAAUAAAAUGCAGUCGUCACUAGAUGAUUUAGUCCAAUAUACUCAACUAUUCAAGCCGGUGGCGACGAUAUUCCAAGGAACUGUGUUUCCUUUCCUAAUAAUAUACCCAGUGGUGUUUUAUUCAUGGAUCUUCGUGUAUGGUUUUGAAGAGAAUUUCGAAGCUGGGUUUGUGACUGUAGCUGUGAUUGCAGUAAUACAAAUUUUGAUCUGCCUCUGCUGUUAUUGGAGUGUUCAUAUCCAAUGUUUUUUAUCCUGCUCAGCAGUAAAAGAUCCCUUACAAGCGGAAAUUGUCAAAGUUGUCCCAACAUCUAAUAAUGGAUUUUCUGAGAUUGUUAGACUCCAUCAUACCAAGUCUACAAAGCGUGGGAGCCUUAAUCCAGAUAUUUGGUUUAUGUUCCAAAAAAGUAAAUAUAUUUAUGAUUGGGAGAAGAAGAUCUUUCAUACCAUAGAGUUUCCCACUAAUAAGACUUAUGAGGAGUAUAUGGAAUCCAAAGGUUUUUGUGAUGAUGAGGCAAUUGAAUUAGCAGAAAAGGAGUUUAGCAAAAAUGAUAUGGUUAUGGUUGUUCCUGAAUUUAUGGAACUCUUUAAGGAAAGGGCAACAGCACCAUUUUUCGUUUUCCAAGUAUUUUGUGUAGCUCUAUGGUGUUUGGACAAAUACUGGUAUUACUCUAUAUUCACCUUGGUCAUGCUGGUUAUGUUCGAGUGCACUUUGGUCCAACAGCAAUUGCGGAACAUGGCAGAAAUUAGGAAAAUGGGAAACAAACCUUAUAACAUCAAUGUGUACAGAAACAGGCGAUGGAGACAAAUAAUGAGUGAUCAAUUGCUGCCUGGAGAUAUUGUGUCCCUCACACGCUCUGCCAAUGAUAAUCUUGUGCCUUGUGACAUUGCCCUAUUGAGGGGCUCGUGCAUUGUUGAUGAGUCCAUGUUGACUGGUGAGAGUGUACCACAAAUGAAAGAGGCAAUAGAAAACGAGAAAAACCACUCACAGACUUUAGACCCUGAGGGAGCUGGAAAAUUACACACACUUUUUGGUGGAACUAAAAUAGUGCAACACUCUUCACCAAGUAAAAAUGUGUCAUCUGGGCUGAAAGCUCCUGACAAUGGUUGCAUUGGAUAUGUUAUUCGAAAUGGCUUUAAUACAUCACAGGGUAAACUUUUGAGAACUAUCUUGUUCGGAGUAAAGAGAGUGACUGCCAAUAAUCUGGAAACAUUUGGUUUCAUAUUAUUUUUGCUGAUAUUUGCGAUUGCGGCGGCUGCCUAUGUGUGGAUCAAGGGAUGUGAAGACCCAGAAAGAAACAGAUAUAAACUAUUUUUAGAAUGCACCUUGAUUUUGACUUCUGUAGUUCCUCCAGAAUUGCCAAUAGAGUUGUCUUUAGCAGUUAAUACAUCUUUGCUGUCGCUAUCUAAAUUAGCUGUAUUUUGCACAGAGCCUUUCAGGAUACCAUUUGCUGGCAAAGUGGAAAUAUGUUGCUUUGAUAAGACUGGAACCUUAACUAGCGAUAAUUUAGUAGUUGAGGGUGUCGCUGGCAUUGGAGAUCACAAAGAUGCCACUGUCAUUCCUCUUUCUGAAGCUCCUAUAGAGACAAUACAAGUACUGGCGUCAUGUCACUCACUUGUUCAAUUAGAAGAUGGGUUAGUAGGAGAUCCUCUAGAGAAAGCUACAUUGAAAGCAGCUGAAUGGAACCUUACUAAAGGAGAUGCAGUUGUACCAAAGAAAGGCAAAUCGCCUGGUUUGAAAAUUGUCCACAGGAAUCAUUUUGCAAGUGCUCUUAAAAGGAUGUCUGUAAUAGCAGGGUAUCAGGUGAAUGAGAGAGGAUUCUUGGAGAAUCAUUACAUUAGUAGUGUUAAGGGGGCUCCUGAGACAAUUAAGACCAUGCUUAAAGAAGUUCCUAGCCAUUAUGACCAUGUCUAUUUAACAUUAUCAAGAAGAGGUGCAAGAGUGCUUGCCUUGGGGUAUAGAAAUUUAGGUAAAUUGAGUUCUCAGGAACUUAGAGAAUUGGCUAGAGAAGACAUUGAGUCUGAUCUGACUUUUGUCGGUUUUGUUAUUAUAUCAUGUCCACUAAAGAGUGAUUCAAAGAAAGCUAUAGCUGAAAUAGUAAAUGCUUCACAUGCCGUUGCUAUGAUCACAGGUGAUAAUCCUCUGACCGCAUGUCAUGUCGCUAAGGAGUUAAAGUUCACUCAGAAAGUGGAAAUGCUAAUUUUGACCGAGGAAAAUGGUAUAUGGGGCUGGAAGUCUAUUGAUGAGACAUUUAAUAUGCCAUUACAGCCCUUUAAAACAUCCAAAGGAUUGACUUCUAAGUUCGAUUUGUGCAUCACUGGAGAAGGUCUUUCAUUCCUGAAUGAAUAUCAUAAUAAAUUUCUAAUUGACCUCAUGCCUCACAUUAAAGUGUACGCCAGAUUUGCGCCGAAACAGAAAGAGUUUGUCAUAUUGACAUUGAAGUCACUUGGAUAUGUUACAUUAAUGUGUGGAGAUGGAACUAAUGAUGUUGGAGCUCUUAAGCAUGCUGAUGUUGGUGUGGCAAUCCUGGCGAAUGCCCCAGAGAGACCUCGUGAAAGAGUUCGCGAGGAACGCUCACAGGAGGUAGAGCCGCGGCGGCCACCUGCAAAUCGUGCUGAGGCGCGUCAAGCGACCAGAGAUGACACGACCGCGCGGCUGCGUCAUGUCAUCCGCCAGAUGGAGGAGGAAGAACAUCUACAGCUUGUGAGACUAGGAGACGCUAGUGUUGCGGCGCCAUUUACUAGCCGACUUUCCAGUAUUCUUUGCAUUUGCCACAUAAUCAAGCAAGGGCGAUGCACCUUGGUAACCACACUUCAGAUGUUCAAGAUCCUAGCUUUGAACGCGCUCAUCCUGGCUUACAGUCAAUCGGUUCUUUACAUUGAUGGCAUCAAGUUUAGCGAUACACAGGCCACACUUCAAAGCCUGCUAUUGGCUUCGUGUUUCUUGUUCAUAUCGAGGUCGAAGCCUUUAAAGCAUCUGUCAAAACAGCGUCCGCUGCCUAACAUUUUCAAUGUGUACACAAUUAUAACAGUGCUGACACAGUUUAUGGUUCAUUUCCUCUGCCUCAUCUACUUGGUGCAUGAAGCUACUAUUCGUUCUCCUGGCAGAGAUCCAAAGCCGAAACUAGAUAUGGACCUAGCAGACGAUGAAGAACGUCAGUUCUCCCCGGAUCUAUUAAAUAGCACUGUAUACAUCAUCUCUAUGGCCCUCCAGAUAUCUACAUUCGCUAUCAACUAUAGAGGCGAGCCGUUUAUGGAAGGCCUGCGCGACAACAAGCCUUUACUGUACAGCAUUGUGGUGUCCGGUGGGGUAGUAUUGGCGCUGGCUGCCGGGAUCUUCCCAGACCUCUCCAACAUGUUCGAGAUAGUCUAUUUUCCGCCUGACUAUCGGCUGGUUCUCGUACAAGUGCUGAUAGCCGACAUGGUAUUUGCGUAUCUGGUGGAUCGCCUCUGCCUCUGGCUUUUCGGCGAGAGCCGACACUGAGCUAUCUACAUUCCCUUGCAUUUUUGUAUCCUACCUUUUAUUUACACGAGUAUUAAGAAUCCAAUUUAAAAGCGUGAACGACAUCAUGAUGACAUAAGAACAGUACUACUUUCUAAAGUCCAAGCUUUGGAGUCAUUCAAGUUUUACGAAAACAGGCAACUAUAAUGCUUAUAGCAAAGCUCUUUAGCCUGGUAAAACGUCACAUGAAAUAUGUAAAAUCUAUAUGUAAAAUGUUAAGGUAAACAUUUAAUUGCUUCACAGUUACGUUGUCCCAAUUAUUCAAAUGUAAAUGUCACAUUUAAUCUUAUUUCUUAGCACAUAAGUUACAAUUUUAAUUGCAGUAGCGCAUUCAUAAGCGAGAAAAUUAAUGUCAUGCGUGUGUAUUACCUAACUUUAUUUUUUAAAUUACGUUAAAAACUCGAAUGGCUCUGAAGUUUGGAUCAUAGAAAAUAAAAUUA